AUGCUGGAAAUUGGUAUGCCAAGGGAGUUUACAAGGUGGAUCCUCACUGUUGUCACUAAUGUUUCUUAUGAGUUCAACAUAAAUGGGCAUACUACUGAGAGAAUGAUGGCAAAGAGAGGGUUAAGACAGGGUGAUCCUAUCUCACCUCUACCGUUUGUUCUCAUGAUGGAGUACUUUGAUAGAUUGAUGGUUAAAAUGCAAGAUACCUUGAUUUUAAGUAUCACUCUAGAUGCAAGAAGGCAGAGUUUAUUGUGGAGGGAUGCAAAGGACACCAUAUCUCAAGUUUCUGACUUUGUUAAGGGUAAACUUCCUAUGAAAUACCUAGGAGUGCCAAUAACUUGUAAGAGACUUACUAUUAAUCAAUAUAUGCCCCUGAUUGAGAAAACCAUUCAUAGGCUGAAGCACUGUACUGUGAAACUGUUGAGAUAUUCUGGAAGAAUCAUGUUGGUAAAGAGUGUGAUUUUAGCCAUUGCCCAAUACUGGAUGCAAUGUAUGCCCUUGCCCCAAACUGUUAUAGAUAAAAUUGACAGGCUAUGCAGAACCUUUAUAUGGACUGGCAACACAGAAGUGAGCAAAAAAAGCCUCGUGGCUUGGAGCAAUGUGUGUAGGCCAAAAAGUCAAGGUGGACAAGGUAUUAUAAAUCUGACUAAAUGGAAUAAGAUCACUAUGCUGAAAUACUUGUGGAACUUGUGUAGGAAGUCUGAUAACCUUUGGGUGAAGUGGAUUCAUAUAGUUUACCUCAAAGGGAGAAAUGCUAUGGAUGCUAUGGUUUCCAAGAGCAGAACCUGGGUGCUUAACAGAAUUCUAGAUAUGCGAGAGGUAGCUCAGCAACAUCUCACCUUAUGGAAUAGAAUGAAAAAUCAAAGUAAAUUUAAGAUGAGUAUGUUUUACAUGGCUAUGUGUGAAGCUAGAGAAAUUGUUGAAUGGAUAUUCCUAUUUCAUCAGAAUGCAGCAAGACCUCGAUCUCAGUUUAUAACAUGGUUAAUUUGUCAUGAAAUUUGGAAAAAGGUUUUGACCUGGUUGAACUAUGAUCAUCAGCCUCUAAAGUGGCAGGAGGAAUUAAAGUGGGUACUCAAAGCUACAUCCAAGAAAGGGACAAGGGCUAAACUGUUGAAAAUGGCUUUCACUAAACCUGUCUAUGGCAUUUGGGCAAGAAGGAACGAUAUAGUUUUUAAACAUACUAGUCACACUGAUUAUGUACAGAAUAUUAUUGAUUGUAUAGUUUAUAGAAGCUGGAAUUACAUUAAACUUAGGAAUUAUAUAGGCCAAUUGAUGUUCUAG